GUCAGGUUUUCUGUGCUGACCGGAGGGAGCAUGUGGGUCUGCAGCGCUUUUCGUGGGGCGAGAACCCUGGCCCAGCUGCAGCGAGGGCUGCUCCCCGCUUCCAGCAGCCAUGGGCCUGCUGCCUCCUCCUACUGCUCAUCCGCCGAGCCCUCCCGGGUCUGGGCGCUGGUCUAUGGGCACCACGGGGAUCCAGCCAAGGUCGUCGAACUGAAGAACCUGGAGCUAGCUGCUGUGGGAGGAUCAGACGUCCAUGUGAAGAUGCUGGCAGCUCCUAUCAAUCCAUCUGACAUAAAUAUGAUCCAAGGAAACUACGGUCUCCUUCCCAAGCUGCCUGCUGUUGGAGGGAAUGAAGGCAUUGGACAGGUGGUGGCUGUGGGCAGCAGUGUGACUGGAUUGAAGCCAGGGGACUGGGUGAUUCCAGCAAAUGCCGGUUUGGGAACCUGGCAGACCGAGGCUGUGUUCAGUGAGGAAGCACUGAUUGGAAUUCCAAGUGACAUCCCUCUUCAGAGUGCUGCCACCCUGGGUGUCAAUCCCUGCACGGCCUACAGAAUGUUGGUGGACUUUGAGCAGCUGCAGCCAGGGGAUUCUGUCAUCCAAAAUGCAUCCAACAGUGGAGUGGGACAAGCAGUCAUCCAGAUCGCUGCAGCCCUGGGCCUGAGGACCAUCAAUGUGGUCCGAGACAGACCUGAUAUCCAGAAUCUGACUGACAGACUGAAGAAUCUGGGGGCUGAGCAUGUCAUCACAGAGGAGGAGCUAAGAAAACCUGAGAUGAAAAACCUCUUUAAGGACAUGCCCCAGCCACGGCUUGCUCUCAACUGUGUCGGUGGGAAAAGCUCCACAGAGCUGCUGCGGCAGUUAGCGCCUGGAGGAACCAUGGUGACCUAUGGGGGGAUGGCCAAGCAGCCCGUCAUAGCCUCUGUGAGCCUGCUCAUUUUUAAAGAUCUCAAACUUCGGGGUUUUUGGUUGUCCCAGUGGAAGAAGGACCACAGUCCAGAUCAGUUCAAAGAGCUGAUCCUCACACUGUGCGAUCUCAUCCGCCAAGGCCAGCUCACGGCCCCCGCCUGCUCUGAGGUCCCACUACAGGAGUACCAGCAUGCCUUGGAAAUCUCAAUGAAGCCCUUCACAUCUUCAAAGCAGAUUCUCACCAUGUGAUCAUCCAGAGGAGCCAGAGUGAGGCGGGAGGGGAGACAGACCAACGGGACUGGUUACAGGCCCCUCAGGAUGCCUUCCUUCCCCAGACAGCCCCUCUCCUCACUACCUCUUCCUACUAGGAAGAUUAUGAAGCCAGCCAAGGCUUUCCCCAGGGCCAGCCUUUGGCUAUCUAAUAAAGUCUGAGCUUCCUUUAAAAAAAAAAUAGAAGCCAUCCUUGUCAAGAAGGCCCAUUGCUGUGCUCCUGCCAUCUUGGAGCACGGAGAAGCUCCCUCCCUGCUUUUCCUUAAUUUGUUCCCCCAGUAAUCAUUUCCUCACUGCCCUGAAAGCAAAGCCUGGGUGGCACUGGCAGGUGUGAAAGCCAGUAAACCACCAUCUCUGCCCUCACACUAUAUGAGGAUACUUCAAAAAGUUCGUGGAAAGAUUCGUAUUAUCUUUUGAUUCAAAUUUUCCACAAACUUUUUGAAGUUCCCUCAAACGAACCCAUGGAGGAGAAUCUUGUAGAAAAGAAGGUUUGGCUCACUUCUCAGGUAGUGUGUGGCUCAGUUUGGGAUGGGGGAAGAUCGGCUGCACAGAAGAGAGAGUGCCAGGCUGAGGUCAUCAGAGCCCUGAGGAACUGAAGAAAUGGGGUCUCAUGUGGCUGGACCAUCUCAUGGAACUUCCAUUCUAACAGCAGAGAUGGAUGUUACACCACUGGUUCUCAACGAGAGGCAAUUGCACCCCCAGCGGACAUUUGAUAAGGGGGAUAUUUUUGCUUGUCACAAGUCAGGGAGGGGAUUGCUACUGGCACUAGUGGGCUGAGGUCAGUGAUGCCUUUAAACAUCCUACAGGGCCGAGCCCGUGGCGCACUCGGUAGAGUGCUGCGCUGGGAGCGCAGCGACGCUCCUGCCGCGGGUUCGGAUCCUAUAUAGGGAUGACCGGUGCACUCACUGGCUGAGUGCCGGUCACGAAAA